UCACCUUUUCCAUUUUAACCCACCCCCUUGUUUCUUCAGCCCUUUGCCCAUCCCUCUCAGGUCUCUCUCUCUCUCCCUCACCUACCCUUCUUCGCUUCAAUUUUUUUCCCUCUAAAUUUUGUUGACAACUUUUACAUAUAUUUGGGCCAGAGAAAAGACAAAUAUGUUUGAUUUUGGGGACGAACUAACAAUUGAAAGCUACAGAAUUCCAUGGCUAGUAUGGAUCCAAAUACUUGUCAUGCUCCUUCUCGUGGUUCUUCUCUUUUGCUUCAGCCUCUCCGCUCUGGAUCUCCCCGACAGGACUUCCUCAGCUUCCGCAUCCCUUUGCCCCGAAUCCCAGCUGGACAAAAAACCUGUUUUCAAGCAAAAUACAAGACUUGUGUCCACUUGCUUCCAGGCUUCCCAGGUUGGAGAAAUCCAUAGUAUGAAGGGUGAGAUAGCCACAGGAGCAAGCAGAAGGAUAGGGAGAGGAGAAGACACUGUAGAAAAGGAAGGCCCUUCAUCAAAAGAAGCAAAUCAAAAUUGUUAUCACCCUUGUCACUAUCUCAGGCUUGCUAAGCUAGCAUUUCUUAAGUGCUUGGGUCUGGAUUCCUCGUCUGAGAGUAGUUCAACUAGUGAACAAAGAAACGAAAGAUAGUGCUUAAUUGUGUUAACAUGUCUUAUCAAAUUCUUUCAUUCAGCUUCGGUAUAGAAUUGCUGUACAGGGAAUUUUCCAAAUUUGAUGUUCAAUCAAUCAACACCAAUAGCUGAGAUUGGCCCCA